GCGUCUACCCAGGUCGUUAGAGCUUAGAGCCGAUGUUUUAAUAAAUCAGCGCGGUGCCAAAGCGCUCCAGGAGCCCCGAGGUUCAGAGGAGCGGACACAUAAACCUAGGCGGGAGGCAUUUCUUCAAUCCUUGCCAAAACCUGACGUUUCCCAAACUGGAGAUUCUGGAACCAUGGCCCUUAAACCUUUAAAUUCAAAAGCUUCCUAGCUCCAUACCAGUCUUUUUUUUUUUUUUUUUUUUAACUGUUUUUUUUUUUUUUGUCCUCUUAAUUAUGAAAGUGAUCACGCUAUUCAAGAUUAAGAGUUGGAAAGAAUUUGGAAAAGGAAAGAAAGAAUCUAAAAGAAGAGACGCCACUGGUGCUUUUGAAGAACAACUUCGCGGACAGCUGUACUCGCCCAUCAUGGAUGUUCCAGAAAGAACACUGGAAGAGUUGUUCGGAUGCUGAGAGCUGUGAGGAGGCAGGCGUCUUUGCGUUUUGCUUCUUGGCUGGGUCCGCUGGCACCCUCCUUCUGAGAACUCCCUUGGCCUUGACCGGGAAAGCAGGGAACCGAGGCCAGAGAAGGCUACUUCUGUCCCGGAGCGAUCCUGCGCGCUUCCUGGCGCUCUUCCAGCCCACGCCUGCCUCUGCCUUGCGCGCCGCCCCCCAGCCCAGAUGCCGGCGCCCGGUCGGGGCCCCCGCGGGCCGCGGCUGACCAUGCCCGGGCGCCGGGGGGCGCUGCGCGAGCCGGCCGACUGUGGCUCCUGCCUGGGGGCGGCGUUGGCCUUGCUGCUGCUGCUGCUGCCAGCCUGCUGCCCGGUGCGGGCGCAGAAUGACACGGAGCCCAUCGUACUCGAGGGCAAGUGCCUGGUGGUGUGCGACUCGAGCCCGUCGGCGGAUGGCGCGGUCACCUCCUCCCUGGGCAUCUCCGUGCGCUCCGGCAGCGCCAAGGUGGCCUUCUCUGCCACACGGAGUACCAACCACGAGCCGUCGGAGAUGAGCAACCGCACCAUGACCAUCUACUUCGACCAGGUCUUAGUAAAUAUCGGCAACCAUUUUGAUCUUGCCUCCAGUAUAUUUGUAGCUCCGCGAAAAGGGAUCUAUAGCUUCAGUUUCCAUGUGGUCAAAGUGUACAACAGGCAAACCAUCCAGGUCAGUUUAAUGCAGAAUGGCUACCCAGUGAUCUCAGCGUUUGCAGGAGACCAGGAUGUGACCAGAGAAGCAGCCAGCAAUGGAGUCCUACUGCUCAUGGAAAGGGAGGACAAAGUGCACCUUAAACUGGAGAGGGGCAACCUUAUGGGGGGCUGGAAGUACUCCACCUUCUCGGGCUUCUUGGUUUUUCCUCUAUAGACUCAGCCCCCGCCCCCAUGAUGGGGAAGUUGCAAUCUGGACGCGGGAAUCCCCCCUUCAUAACACCCUCAACUUGCCAGAAUAGGACAACACAUUUCCAGCCUCUGUCAGACUGUUGCGGUCCAAGAAUGAUUUCCUCCUAAAUCUCCAGUAUUUUCUUUGAAUAUUGACAAUUCCUCGGGAACCUGGCCUCUAAUUAGUUUUAGACGACAAGGUCUUAAGGAGAAAUGAAAUUAUCGAUUUGAGCAGUUUGUACCUGUGAUUGUAAAGUCGAUAUCGGAUUCUAUUGUUGGGACCAUUGACUUACCUUCUUUUGUUUGUACAUUGUGUCAUUGUCCCGGUGGCAGGAGCACUGCUGUGGACCCCAGGAUGGACUGCAGGUUGCAGUCGAGGUUCAAAGCAAGAGCCUGGCAAAGAACUACCCGUGGGACAGUCCUUGACCUGUGUCCCCUGUGUGUUUGUAGAGCCUUAGGAGGAAGAAUGGCUUCACCCUCAUUCUGUACUUGUCCCCUGGGUGGAUGGGAGGGGGCGGGGCAUUGUGAACCUGUCAGGAAGUGCUUUAUCCAGAGGAGCCAAGUGUGCAAGACUGGACUGAGUGCGGUUUUGUUUUGUAUUGUUUGUGUUUUCUUGAGAAGCUUUAUUUUCUUUGCACACAGGGCCCUCCUCCAUCCUUACCCCACUUUUAACUUCUUCACUGGGGUUGGGGUGGAGGGAGAAAAUGUAUGCUGAAUUCAUGGAUGAGAUAAAACAAAACAAAACAAAACAAAACCUGAAUAUUUUGUUUUGAAUGAGACCACACCAAACCAAAAGUGUCUGUCUAUCAGAGUAACAAUAGCAAAUGGACAAGUCUGCUUUUUCUUCCUGAGAGAGUCUCUCAGAUGCAUCUUUAGAACUCGCAACCUGGAUUUUAUUUAUUUAUUUAUUUUUAUUUAUACUUGGAAUCCUUUAAGAACCUGGCAUUGCUGGGUGGGCCUGAACUGUGCUGCUUGUGUCACUGUCGUGACCAGAUCCCCUCGGCCCUGUUUUCCUGGAGUGCUUUACCUUGUUUGGAUCCACCUUGAGAGAGCACAGUGAUCAGGUGCUACAAAGAAGACAGGAUCAGCCCCUCUUCCUCGGGAUCUUCUAAGGAAAGGUCUUGGUUGACACUGGGGCAGGCACCUGGCAGGAAGCCACUUGGAAGCCACAGCAACUAAAGGUAUUGGUCAAAGCACCCGGGUGCGGUUUUACAAAUGCUUCUUGUGCAACACUGUUAUUAAGACACAGCUGAGAGAUGAUGGGUGCAGGGCUCCUAUGCCAAGGAAGUGUCACUAAUCCCAAAGCAAUCAAAUAUGAGACCUCAAACAGGAUGUUAAUUUGUUCUUUGUGAAACAAUGUAACCAAAAUAUUGAUAGAACUCACCAUUUAAGAUUCAGAAUAAAUGGGUUUGAUGUCUGGCUUGCUCUAAUCCCUCUGCAUCGUCUCCCAACUGUCAAAAUAAUUGGGGAAGUAAAGGCCAAGUGUCAAGGACUUGGGGACUUUAAAUCCAUAGGGUGCCUCUUUUAAAAGUACGCACACAAACACGCACCCAUGUAUGCAGAUGCAGCUGUGGGUCUGGAUGGAUAUUGCAUACUUAAAUACAUUCAAUUUUUACUUGCAGUGUUUUCGAACAGGAAGGGUUUGGGGAGAAACAUAGAGGUGAUAGCAUUAAGAAGGUAUUAUGGUAGGCCAUCCGCUGCCAUCACACGAUCUCGGAAGUGGUCCAAGAACCAAUCCAACAGUGACAGCUAAUUUAAUAAAAGACAGCAACACUGGGAGUCACAGGAGUCCUUUCCAGACUGUGUGGGGAUGGAAGGCCUUGGGUUUCCAGUGCACCCCGUUGGGAUUACGCAAGGAGGUUUGACCAAGGGUCUAAGUUUUACUGUCCUUAAGUCAAGAACACAGUAAAACACAGAAUUUGAUUUGAGUUCAAAGUUUGUGAGGAAAUAAAUCAACCAAAAGUCUUGUAGAGUCCUUUGUUUCUGUGAGUAGGAGACUUACUUCCCGGAGUGGGCAUUGUUUAUUAAUGCUGGGGACAGAAAUAGAAGGCAUCGAGCUGGAGUGUGCGCCCUUAGUUGUUCUCAGUUAUUUGAAUCCUGUUUCACUCAUUUCCUUAACUUUGUGUUCAGUUUAAAACAAACAGGAAACCUCAUUAGAGGACAAUAUGAGUACUUGUUACUUUUAUCCCUUAACAUAUAAAUACGUGUAUUUGUUUGUAUUGAUAACCUUUAUUACAUGCUGAUUGUUAUUGGGUUAUACUGUCUAAUAAAUAAGUUAUUCAAUUGACCUAUCUAAAACUAAGUAUAUUUCAGGAGCUUAUUUUAUGUUAGUAAAACAGCUUCAUCUUGCAGUUCCACCUCUUGCCACCCCUUCCCUUUUCUUUCUUGAUGUGGGCAGUGACACUAGGAAGGCCCUGCUGGGAGCCUCUCUGAAGUUGUUCACCAUCUACCCAGGCGUCUGCCCAGGCGGGAUUUGGUUGAGAAUCUUGAGAGAGAUGAAGCUUCCAGUUAUGGCCCACACAUAUAUAGGUCAGAUCUAAAGCUGACGUGCAUUUUCCUUUUAUUGGAAAAAAGAGGUGUGUAACAUGCCACAGCAAGUCUUGGCAGCCUUGGCGUGGGGUCUGGGUUUUCUUGUCUGCAGAGUGAGAUCAUGGCCCUGUGUGGUCAGCCGCCCCGGGGAGCUGUUGUGAGGGGCCCCCAGAGGUGCUUUGAAAACAGGGCAUUGGGGUAAUGUGGGUGUUACUGGGGCAGAAGCAUUACCAGAAAGACAGGUUUUUUCAACAUGCAAUUUGUGAAGAUCAUUUUUAAUGAAUAUCUGACAGGAGGGCAAUCGUACAUGAAGGCAAAUCUCCAUGUUUCUCAGUGGACUAUUAAAACUGCAGUGCUAUAUUGAGGGUUCCAUUAGUUUGAUUUUUAGGGAUGAUAAUAAUAUCACAAUGCAUAAAUUUUAAUUUAAUUCCACUCUCAGUUGUGAUUUUUGGCUGUCCUGUGGGGUUCCUGUUCAUCUUUAUGUUACAAUAUGUACUGCCCAUCUUUUAGAAAAAUACACAAAUGUAACAUUUCUGAUAUGAUUUAAAAAAUAUAACUUGAUUAAUAUAGUUAGUAUUAUGGCAUUUUAAUAUUAAGUUACUUUAGUUGACAAAUGUUAGUUCUACUAAAUUGUAAAUGCCCUUAAGAGAAAUACCAUUUUCUUCACUUAUAUUCCAAUUUGAAAUACAGCCCCAGUGAUUCAACACCAGGUCCUGGGAAACUGUUGUUAACAUCUGUAAUUCCUGAGCCGUUUUUGCACCCUAAUAUUUUUAAUAUAUGUGUUUAUGUGCAAGUGAAAUGAUCAACAUUUCUACAAUGUGUGCUUUCUAAGGCUGCUCAGAGCACAUGUGAUAAAAACUGACUUAUCAUUAGCAUGAAAACUCAUGGAACCCUGUAGAGAUGACAUAGAUUUACUUGUUUAAAAAAGAAUUAGCUAAAUCUAGUUAUAUUGAAAUUCAGAAAGAAAAAUAGAAUAUACAUACAAAGCAAAACAAAACCUUUGCUGAAUAUUUUAUUUUACUUGUGGUAUUGUUAUUAAGGAAAUUGCAGUGGGCAUAUGCAUAGUAACUAUUACAUCGUACUGUUGAACUGUGAAUACACUUACAUACACACCUACCUGAUCUGUUAACAUGGUAAUAUAAUAAAAAAAUUACAUGGAUCGGCUACAUUCUCCUGGAAUCUGGAAGAUGUAAGAGGAAAAUUUGAUGAAUCACUUUCUACAAGCAAAACAAAAGCAGCGGCUGCUCCUUCCUGUGCUUCAGCUGUGCCAAAAGGAGCCAAGUCUGUUCUGUCAAUUCCUGAGCCCACAUUUUGCAUCUUUUAUAAAGGAACAAACGUUGUAAGAAGAUAACAUUGCUGUGAAUAAAAUGGUCAACGUUUGUUUAUAUUUCUAUGGCAUACGAAAUACAUAAUAAUCUAAUGCAUAAAUGCACAUGGUUGAAGGAAUUAUUAUUAUUUUUAACAUGGUGUAAAUAAAUGGGAAACUCAUAGAAGCUAGUUGCGUUGAAUCAUUCUAAAGGGUCAAUGGUUCACUCUGUAAAAUCAUUUGUAAAAACUGUAAGACUAUAAUGAGUUUUGUCUUUUUGCUUUGCUUAUGUGAAAAUUUACUUAUUGAAUUUCUGUUUCCAAAAUGGACACUUUGUUACUAAAAUGGGAAAUUACAAACAUUUUAAAAUUUAAGAGCCAAGCUUAUAAAUUCACGUAAGUCUUCACAUAAUGAAACGAAUAACAUACUCUUCCCACCCUGGUUUUAUUGUUUUACUCUUUUUGUGCCCUGUAAUUUUUUCUCUAUACAUUGGGAAGAGGUUAGCUGGUGAUGGCCACAAUCAUUAGUCAAGUCUGUUUAUGAAUUUGCCUAGCAUUUCAAACCAUAUUUUUUGCUUAUAGAAUUCUCCAAAAAACAUAUUUACUGCUUUUGCAGUCAGGCUACAAUUCAUUUUUGUAGAUAUAUCAAAUGUUGUUAUGUUACAUAGAGUGAUGUGAUUGGACACAUUUAGUCCUUGCAGCCUCUCUCCCUCCCCCAAAUAGGAAAAAGUUAUGCUGAAAGUCUUUUAAAAGAGCUCUUGACUAUAAACUUCAAAAAAUGUCAUGUAUGUGAGUUUGUAUAAUAACAUUAACAGAAAUAUGAAUCUUAACCAAAUGAGCUUUCCUUACAUCCUCAAACCCAGUAGGGUAACUUGAAAUUUGCAAGGGCAAAAGGCACAUAAUUUUACCUCCUACAGAUAAUAGGAGUUCUGUUCCAUCUUCCUAAGUGGGUUUUGCUGUGGAUUUCCAUCACUGGAAUCACUUAAGUGUCUACAGCGUCAUAAAUCACCAUCUUCAUCAGCUUGCCCACAUGCAUUUGCUGUGUCUUGUAAAUGAGCUGCUUGACAACUUAAUUUGGAGAAGGAAUCUUCAUUCCCUCUUCUUAAUGCCUACAGCAGGACUCCCCAGGGUGAGGAUGCCUCCUUGCAGGGGAGCCAGCUAAGGAGUGGAAGCGGCUUAUUAAUGAACCACCACCAGUCCUGCAUCCUGACUAGCAGUGCCUACAUGUUCACCAUCGUCCCUGUCCCUCCAUAUUCUUCAGGAAUACUGAUUUCGCCUUGGAUUACAUAUCAGGUUGCAAAGGACACUAAGUUGUAGAAAAUCAGCAAUGCUUCGCAAUGUGCAUCUCCUAGCUAUUUUACAUCUAUUGAAUCCUACUUUAUUAAUUUAAAAACACAUGUGCCCAUCUCGUUUGCUUCCAAGUGCCCUAGCACAUAGGACAUAUAAUUAUUCCCUUGACUUUACACUAAAAAACUGAUCAUUUACUGUGAUUCUGGGAUUAUCAUUAUUAUACACCUGACUUAAGCAUAUCAUAGUAAAAAAGAUGAUCUAAAAUAUAGCUCAGUUAAGUAACACUUGGCAAAUUUUCCUUACUAAAAUACCUCACUUGCAAUAUUUUUACAUGGGUCUCUUUAAAGAUUUUAGCCAGCUUUAAGAGUGUACUAUUCUAUGAAAUGUUUGUCUUUGAAAUGCUAUUUUUAAAUAAUCACAUAACUCUAGAUCAUAAACAGUAUAUUUCCAGAAAGUAGUCUAUCACUGAAAAGCAAAUUUAGGACGUGAAAACCUGUCUUCUUUUUAUAUUUUCAGCACCAUGUCAGGAUACCAUAUUCUGGAAUUGUAAACUGUCAAUGGAAAGAACAAUUAUAUUACUCAUAAAAAUGAUCUAUUCUUUUGGGAACCGGGUGUAGAUAUUUCCUUUUUCAUUCCACAAAAUAUCUAUUGUUUCCUAGGGGCCAGAUCGUGUGCUUACAGAGGAUGAUAGAAAAAUGAAGACACACUCAGUGUGAAUCAAGAACUCUGUCCUUGUUAAAAUCAGCCUGGAGGGUAUUAAGUUAAAUGGAUGGUGAGGGGUAGACUGGAGAGGGUGUGGGAGGAAACUUUGAGUACCUAAGUGCUGAGGUGAAGAACGUGGUUUACAUUUUUCACAUAUGAAGAGGAGAAUGUUAUUCUGGCACUGACAUGGAAUACUGAACAUUAGUUGAUAUCUAAUUAAGAGCUCUUGUGUUACCUCCCAUCCCUUGCUGAACACGGUGGGAUCUUUAGCCAACUAAUGGAUGACUAGGGCUCCUGAACCAGCCUUGGAAGUACUACAGUGUAUGGGGUAGACUCAGGGAAUGCUCAUUGCUUUUAACACAGGACAGUCUUGAAUUGCCCAUUUUAUACCUCAUGAUCUCUUCUUUCCUUCUAGGUGGUGAGUUCCUUGGAAUGACAGAGUCAUGUGAGAAGUAGUCAAAUCCUUAGAAACAGACAUGUAGCAAAGAUCAAAUGAGACAGCAGUUGAUGUCUGUCUUCAUCAGACCCAUCAGGGAACCAUGCCUAGCACUUUGGUGUUUGUACAUGAUAUUAACUAAAUGAAUAAAGAUCUUACUUAAGAAAAAACCAAAGGAGAACUAUGAGCCCAGAAGGCAUGGGUAGAAUCAUGACUUCUGUAUGUAUUAUAUUUCUGCAACUUUGCACACAUGUAUUUGUGCACAUGUGAGUAUGUGAGUAUGAAUAACAUUUAUAAUUAAAAUUUACCACUAUCAUAGCCUUCUCUAUAUUUUGAGCCAUUCUGAAAACUUGCUCUCAAUAGAAGAGAUGGUGGACCCAGUGUCUUUGCUUGGGUAUAGAGUUUCACUUACACUUCUCUCUCUCAAUUAUUUUGCCUGUGUUUUGCAAUUAUUUUUUUGUAUUCAAUCUUCAGAAUUUAUUUCACCAGAAGGUAGAAAUUACAUCUGGUCUCCCAGACAGACAGAGAUUGAGAAUUGUUGAGAGUAAUUAGACCAGCUGGAGCCAUAAAUCCAGUAGAAAGUUAUGAUCAGUGGAUCAUGGCCUAAUCUUCUCUUCACCCAUCACAUCUGAAUUACCUUGGCACAAAAACAUGACAAGGGGCUGGAGUUUUAAAGGAAAUUGCCACAUCUCCCCAGUCAUUAGCAGGCAAAAGGCAUGCGUGCGUCAGAUUGUGUUAAUUAGGGAAGACUUAUUCUCCCCAAAGACCUAUUACUUUUUUCAUACUUUUUUUAAAUGUCUCAAAAUAUACUGCACCAAACAGUGGAUGUCAUAUGAUUUUUUAUUUACGGUUCUCAAUAAAUUUCUGAGUUUGUUUGUUAGAAAAAAAAUUAUUUGUUAAAAUAAAUUUUGUCUCUUUAUCUUAAUGGAGAACUGAAGUGAUCCUAAAUUUAUUUUAUUAUAUUUUCUUCCAGAAUUCCAGAAACAUUCGUUUCAGGGGGAAAAAAUAUCCCCAAUAGAUGGUGCUGCUGCUGUGAUUUAAGCCAUUGCAUAAUUAGUAUGCAAAAAAGUUCCAGGGAGAGGCCUCUGGGAAUUCCCUUACAUCAAGUUAUAGAAAGACAAAAAUGUGGCUUUAUUUUUGCUAAAUGCAAAUUGAUGUAAUUGUGUAAUUUGAAAACUUCAGAAAGAUUUUGUGAUGUUUUGAGCUUAAGAAUUUACUUCUCUCCAUUGUUCAUGUCUCAAAUAUCUUUGAAAUACAAAUGCAAACAAAAUUAACUGUUAUGAAAGGAUGAGAUGAUUGGCCUUCCAGGUUUUUCUCCCAUAAUGCUCAUGGGUCUCUUAAAGUUAUAAGGUGAAAAUGAGAGUGUACACUGUAUGGGUUCCUUCCUUUAUAUUUAGGAGA